CGGAGUCGAUUUGAGAACAAUAAAUGCCCUGCAAAAUCUCCCGUAAUCCUGUUGAAGGAAUUAAGUUUUAAACCCCAGGCUUUUUGACUACAUUCCUUUUAAGUUGAAGACGAAUAUAUCGCCAUGUAUGAUCCGGAUGAGGAGACAUACGCAGAUGAUGAGGAUGAAGAGAUUUCUUCAGAUCUGUGGCAGGAGGCCUGCUGGAUUGUCAUCAGUUCUUACUUCGAUGAAAAGGGUCUGGUCAGACAGCAGCUCGAUUCAUUUGAUGAGUUCAUCCAGAUGUCUGUGCAGAGAAUCGUGGAGGACUCGCCGCCAAUUGAUCUCCAAGCGGAGGCACAGCAUACGUCUGGGGUGAUAGAAACACCAACUCGCUAUGUCCUCAAAUUCGAACAAAUCUACCUGUCCAAACCAACACAUUGGGAGAAAGAUGGCGCACCCAGUCCUAUGAUGCCAAAUGAAGCAAGGCUAAGAAACCUCACAUACUCUGCGCCACUUUAUGUGGACAUCACAAAAACUUGCAUCAAAGAAAAUGAAGAUCCUGUUGAAACUCAACAUCAAAAAACUUUCAUUGGGAAGAUACCUAUCAUGUUACGAUCGACGUAUUGUUUACUGAAUGGACUAACCGAUCGUGAUUUGACUGAGUUGAACGAAUGUCCUCUGGAUCCCGGCGGCUACUUUAUCAUCAAUGGAUCGGAGAAGGUGCUCAUUGCCCAGGAAAAGAUGGCCACAAAUACAGUGUAUGUAUUUCAACAAAAAGACAGCAAAUAUGCCUAUAAGACGGAAAUUCGAUCCUGUUUGGAACAUUCGUCUCGACCAACGAGUACACUCUGGGUGAACUUAAUGGCAAGAGGAGGCCAGGGGGCUAAGAAGAGUGCCAUCGGUCAGAGAAUCAUCGCAAUUCUACCAUAUAUUCGACAAGAGAUUCCAGUUAUCAUUGUGUUCAGAGCCCUCGGAUUCGUAUCGGACAGAGACAUUUUGGAACACAUCAUUUAUGAUUUUGAAGAUCCAGAGAUGAUGGAGUUUGUCAAACCUUCAUUAGAUGAAGCCUUCGUCAUCCAGGAACAAAACGUCGCCCUGAACUUCAUUGGUGCGAGAGGAGCGCGCCCUGGUGUCACAAAAGACAAACGUAUCAAAUACGCCAGAGAGAUUCUGCAGAAAGAAAUGUUGCCUCAUGUGGGUAUCAGUGACUUCUGUGAGACGAAGAAGGCUUACUUUUUGGGUUACAUGGUUCAUCGUCUGCUUUGUUGUGCUCUUGGUCGAAGAGCUGUUGAUGACAGAGAUCACUACGGUAACAAACGUCUGGACCUAGCUGGGCCUUUGUUGGCUUUCCUUUUCCGAGGCCUCUUCAGAAACUUGAUGAAAGAGGUCAGAAUUUAUGCCCAGAAAUUCAUCGACAAGGGCAAAGACUUUAACAUCGAGUUAGCCAUCAAAACGAGAAUCAUCACCGACGGCCUUAAGUACUCGCUGGCCACAGGAAACUGGGGUGACCAAAAGAAAGCUCAUCAAGCGCGUGCCGGUGUGUCCCAGGUGUUGAAUCGGUUGACGUUCGUGUCGACCUUGUCUCAUUUACGGCGUGUGAACUCUCCGAUUGGUCGUGAUGGGAAACUUGCUAAGCCUCGUCAGUUGAACAACACGCAGUGGGGCAUGAUCUGUCCUGCUGAGACUCCAGAGGGCGGUGCUAUUGGUCUGUUGAAGAAUCUUGCCCUGAUGGCCUACAUCUCUGUUGGGUCCCAGCCGUCCCCGAUCCUGGAGUUCUUGGAGGAGUGGAGUAUGGAGAAUCUGGAGGAGAUAGCACCAUCUGCCAUUCAAGAUGCUACGAAAAUCUUUGUAAAUGGUUGCUGGGUUGGUAUCCAUAGAGAUCCAGAACAGCUCAUGAACACGCUCAAGAAACUCCGACGUCAGAUGGAUAUCAUUGUGUCCGAGGUAUCCAUGAUCCGCGACAUCCGUGACAGAGAGAUCAGAAUCUACACGGAUGCCGGCCGCAUCUGCCGCCCGUUGUUGAUCGUGGAGAGUCAGAAGUUGUUGUUGAAGAAGCGUCACGUUGAUCUGUUGAAGGAGCGAGAGUAUAAUAAUUAUGGUUGGCAGGAUUUGGUUGCCAGUGGUGUCGUAGAGUACAUUGACACGCUCGAGGAGGACACGGUCAUGUUGGCCAUGACACCGGAGGACUUGCAAGACAAGGAUGUGGCCUACUGUUCCACCUACACCCACUGUGAGAUUCACCCCAGCAUGAUCCUUGGUGUGUGUGCAUCCAUCAUUCCCUUCCCUGAUCACAACCAGUCUCCUCGUAACACGUACCAAAGUGCUAUGGGUAAACAAGCUAUGGGAGUGUUUAUUUCAAACUUCCACGUCCGGAUGGAUACCCUUGCUAACGUGCUGUGGUAUCCCCAGAAGCCACUGGUCACCACACGGUCUAUGGAAUACCUGAGGUUCAGGGAGCUGCCAGCUGGAAUCAACUCUAUCGUGGCCAUUGCUUCUUACACUGGUUACAACCAAGAGGAUUCCGUCAUUUUGAAUGAAUCCGCUGUAGAUCGAGGAUUCUUCCGGUCCGUGUUUUAUCGGUCGUACAAAGAUGCCGAGUCAAAGAAGGGUUUAGAUCAAGAAGAGUUGUUUGAAAAGCCAAGCAGAGAGAAAGUCAUGGGUAUGCGGCCAGCAUCCUAUGAUAAACUCGAUGACGAUGGAAUCAUAUCCCCUGGCCUCAGGGUCUCAGGCGACGAUGUUCUGAUUGGAAAGACGCUUACACUACCCGAAAAUGAUGACGAUCUUGAUCCUACUGCCCGCCGAUUUACGAAACGAGAUGCCAGUGUGUUCAUGCGUCGUACGGAGACUGGUCUGGUUGAUCAGGUCAUGGUGACUAUAAACCAGGAGGGUUACAAGUUCUGCAAGAUUCGAGUGAGGACCACUAAGACGCCGCAGGUGGGAGAUAAGUUCGCUAGUCGUCACGGACAGAAGGGAACGUGUGGAAUCCGAUACAGACAGGAGGACAUGCCAUUCACAUGCGAAGGCCUCACCCCCGACAUCAUCAUCAACCCCCAUGCCGUACCAUCACGUAUGACCAUUGGCCAUUUGAUCGAGUGCCUCCAGGGCAAAGUGUCCGCCAACCGGGGAGAGAUUGGCGAUGCUACGCCAUUCAACGAUGCUGUGAAUGUACAGAAGAUCUCCAAUAUCCUGGCAGAAUAUGGUUACCAUCUUAGAGGAAAUGAGGUAUUAUUCAAUGGUCACACAGGCCGCAAGCUGAACUCGCAGAUUUUCCUCGGUCCCACCUACUACCAGCGUCUCAAGCAUAUGGUAGAUGACAAGAUUCACUCCCGAGCUCGAGGGCCUGUCCAGAUUCUGAACAGACAACCUAUGGAGGGUCGAUCGCGUGAUGGAGGUCUGCGUUUUGGUGAGAUGGAGCGUGAUUGUCAGAUUGCUCACGGUGCUGCCCAAUUUUUGCGUGAGCGCCUGUUCGAGGCGUCUGAUCCUUACCGCGUGCAUGUCUGCAACAUCUGCGGUCUGAUCGCCAUUGCUAACUUGAGGAAUAACACUUUCGAGUGCCGUGGAUGUAGGAAUAAAACACAGAUUUCGCAAGUUCGUAUGCCAUACGCCUGCAAGCUUCUCUUCCAAGAGUUGAUGUCGAUGAGCAUUGCCCCCAGGAUGAUGGUUGAUGCGUAGUUUCUUGGUUUGUCACGUAGGAUGAGGAACAUUUGUGAAAUGAUUUAACAUUUCUGUUGUGACUGCUUGUCCGUCUGAAAUAGGGACAGCCUUCUGAGCCUGCGUAAUCACUGGUUUGAUAUUGCAAACAAGCGAUUUUUGUCGCAAAGAACUUAUCAGAUUUCCUUUGUUCUAUUUCUGUAUUCUUAUUUUGAUUGUGCUAUAAAUUUGGUGAAGAAAAAGGGAAAAGAAAUUCUGUAAAAAACAUAAAACAUGAAAACUCUGGAAAAAGAAGUUUGGUCGAGCUGUUCUUGAGAUGUACAUGUUUUCUUUUUGCCAAACCACCCAUGGUGUGAGAUUCGGAUCUACAUAUGUAUAUUUACUUUAAAGUCAUCCUAUUGAAGAAGUCGUCACCUCAUAUCAUGACAUUUCAUCGACAGUAAACAUAAAUAUUAUUGUUAAUUGAUAACCCUGGUCGUGUGAUCACCUUGUCUGCAAUUGAUCAUAGAUAAAGUUUGUCCUGACCUGUUUUGUGUGGUGGCACACUGAAGAAGAGCUGAAAUCAUGCCAGACCAGCACUUACUAAACUUUUGAAUUCAUUAUAAGUCGAAUACUAUUUCUUGAAUUAGUGAGAAGUUUUGAAGACCUUCUGUUCACAUUUUCAAUUGUAAGGUUAAGUGGUACAGUUAUACCUCCUGCAGUGUAAAAGACCGCUGUCUGUGCACAUCAUGCACACAAAGGCUAUGAUUUUACUGUUGUUAUAAUUGUACCACCUCACCUUAUAUCUAUCUUAAGUUCGUGCUGGGCUGCCAUAAUCAUGAGACACCCCUUUAAAAGGGAGUAAAGGCAGGACCUAAGGGUUAAAUUGUUGGUCUUUGGAUGACUUGCAUAUACAGUUGGAGGCCUGGGGUGUGUUUGAUUCAUAUUCCUCAGAAAGGCAUGAACAGUUUUGAUGUACAUGUAUUGCGAGAUAAGAUAUUUUGUGAAUACAAUUUUUGCGAGUCGGUACAAUAUAUGCAUUUAUAUGUGAAUA